UCCUCGAUCUGCAUUUGGCAUCGGUAGUCGACUUGCAUUGCUCGAUCGCGUUGGCGUCUAGCUCGAGCAACCUCAGGUUAGCAAGCUAGGUUGAGAAACCUUGAAGUACUCGUACGCGCGCGUGAUCACACUCUUUCACUACGUAUUUAAGUGUGUGAUCACGUCGUCGCCGUCGACAUGGUUGGAAGCAGUCCCAUGCAGGCGGUGCUGGUGGCGCCGGGGGUGAAGGACAAGCAAGUACUCCCUUACAAGCGGGACGCGCUCAUGGAGAAGCACGCCGCCGUCAGCCUCAUGCGCUCCAUCGCCGGCUCGGGCGUGCGCAGCGCCUUCUACGUCCUCGACCUCGCCAGGGUCGUCGACCUGUACAUGCGCUGGCGCCGCGCACUCCCGGACGUGCGGGCGUACUACGCCGUCAAGUGCAAUCCGGAGCCGGCGCUGCUCGGCGCGCUGGCCGCCCUCGGCGCCGGGUUCGACUGCGCCAGCCGCAGGGAGAUCGAGGCCGUGCUCGCACUCGGCGUGGAGCAGGGCAGCAUCGUGUACGCCAACCCGUGCAAGCCCGAGGAGCACAUCGAGUACGCGGCGCAGGUGGGCGUCAACCUCACCACGUACGACUCCGAGGAGGAGGUGGCCAAGGUGAAGCGCUGCCAUCCCGGCUGCGAGCUCAUCCUCCGCAUCAAGGGCCCCGACAACGGCGACGCCAAGGUCGACCUCGGCACUAAAUACGGCGCGCACGCCGACGAGGUGGUGCCGUUGCUCCGCGCCGCGCAGCGCGCGGGCCUCGGCGUGGCCGGCGUGUCCUUCCACAUCGGCAGCGGAGGGACCCGCACCGACGUGUACCGCGGGGCCAUCGAGGCCGCGCGCGCGGCGUUCGACGCGGCCGCCGCGCUCGGCAUGCCGGCAAUGCGCGUGCUCGACGUCGGCGGCGGCUUCAUGGCAGGAGGCACCACUUUCGAAGAGGCGGCGGCGGUCAUCCGCGACGCGCUGGCGGAGCACUUCGGCGACCUCCCGUGCGUGGAGGUCAUCGGCGAGCCGGGACGGUACUUUGCUGAGACGGCCUUCACGCUGGCGGCGCGGGUCAUCGGCAAGCGCACGCGCGGCGAGGUGCGGGAGUACUGGAUCGACGAUGGACUCUACGGCUCCCUCAACUGCGUCCUCAUGGACGACUACGUGCCGCGCCCAAGACCGCUCGCCGCCCCAAGCACCGGCGAGGAGACGUACACUUCAACGGUGUUCGGACCGACGGGCGACUCACUUGACACCGUCGUGACAGGGUACCGGCUACCGGAGAUGAGCGUGGGGGACUGGCUCGUGUUCGACGACAUGGGCGCCUACUCGAUCGGCUCCGGCUCUCAUUUCAACGGCUUCUCCAUGUCCGACCUUACAAUAUUCUUAGCCUACUCUAGCUAG